GAACUCGUGCAUUGAUAUCAUCCGAGCAACAUAUUAGGAAAAUAAAGGAGAGGACGGGGGAAGGCAGCUGCAGGGAGGAAGUUUUUUAUCUGGAGUUUUGGUGAUGGGUAACUGCACAGAACCAUCAAUGAAAACCAAACUCAGGAAGGACAGAGAGCUGAGACCAGAGGAGCUUGAAGAGCUCCGCGUGGCGUUUGUGGAGUUUGACAAGAACAAGAAGGGCUACAUCAGUCACAGAGACCUGGGGGAGUGCAUGAGGACGAUGGGAUACAUGCCCACCGAGAUGGAGCUCAUCGAACUGAGCCAGCAGAUCAGUGGAGGCAAGAUUGACUUUGAGGAUUUUGUGGAGCUGAUGGGACCGAAGCUGCUGGCAGAGACAGCGGACAUGAUCGGAGUCAAAGAGCUACGAGACGCAUUCAAAGAGUUUGACUCCGACGGMGACGGUCAGAUCAGUUUGACGGAGCUGCGUGAAGCCAUGAAGAAGCUGAUGGGCGAACAAGUGACCAACAGAGAGAUCAGCGAGAUCCUGAAGGACGUYGACCUCAACGGAGACGGCCAGGUGGACUUUGAGGAGUUUGUGMGGAUGAUGUCUCGCUGAUGAGCCCAGCUGCCCCACGCAGGAAAAGGGAACUGCAGGGUUCUGCAGUGAACUUUAUUUUUAUUGUGAUAAAUAUAUAUAUUUUUAUAUUAAAUAAUGAAACAGGAAAAUAURAAACAAAGGUGAAUGAAAGAAUAUGAACAGCAGUGCAAUACAUAUCAGUUUUGCAGAAGAAAAAUGUAUGAUUUCCUGUUUUUUAACAUAUUUUUAUAUGUGAGUGGUUGGUUUUUGAGUGUAAUGUUUGUAAAAAUGUAAACAUUCAGAUUUUAAUAAUGAAUAAAAAUGGACAAAGAGAAGCCAGUACAUAGAACACUGACCUUUAUUUAUAUUUAUAGWGACCAAAUGGGGAAGAAACAUGAGAAAACACCUUGUAGAGAUAAAAUAUUGUUUCAAAACGUCUCGAUUUAGCAUUUUUGUCAUGGGUUGACUGAAACUGAAACAUGUUUUAUAAAAGGUCCAUYACAGAAARACAAGAAG